UGCAUGGUGACAUCACAGGAGGCUGCUGCUAGCUAAACAAGUCAAAACACUCCCGGAGCUGAACGCGAGGCAGCGAUGAACCGACCAGGCUUUGAUGGGGCUUCAUCAUCCAUGAGCUUCUCCACAAGGAUAACAGAAAAUGGAUACUCGGACUCAGGUCUAACAGAGGAGGACGUCUGCAAUCUACGGAUUGAACUUGCAAAGAUUGAGGAAGAAAUUCAGACAUUGAGGCAGGUGCUUGUGGUCCGAGAAAAAUAUGCAGCAGACAUCAGGAGGCAGCUGGGUAUGAGCUCUCUCAGUAACAUCAAACAGAACCUGUCCAAAGGCUGGCAAGACGUCCAGACCUCAGCCCCAUAUCUCUCAGCCUCGGCCACUUUGGAGGACAUCAGCAACUCCAACAUAUAUAUGAGGACACGGGAGAGUCUCACUCAUGCAGGCCAGGUGACAUCAUCCGCUCUAUCCAAUAUGGGCGUGACCAUCACCAGGAGACUGGCAGACAUGAGAGCUCUGCCUCUUCCGAGCCCACCACGCGCCCUGGGCCACACCAUGAGUGUGCCGUCUAUGAGACAUUCCUCUACAUUCAAGUCUUUUGAGGAAAUGGUCGGAAGUGUGAAGGACAAGGUGAGUGUCGGUCUCACAAAUAACGGAGACACCUCUGGGUUCGAAAGAAGAUCCUCACGCACAUGAGAUGGACCCUUCUGAUCCCUUUUUGAUCGAUCCCUUGUCUGUGUUAAUCUGUCCACUGUUAUUAUUGUAUUAAUGCAACAUGACAAAUAGAAUGUAUUACAAUUGCAAUGUAAAAAUAUUUUAAACUUAAACGUAAAAAUAGUCUUUUAAUAUGUGAAUAUGUUUUAUUUCUGUGUGUUGGAUAAAUGUAAUGUGCAAGUUAUUUAUUUUGACGUGCAGUAAACCCAUCUUGUAUUUGCAAUAUGCAUUCAUUGACAUUAAUUGUGACAUUUACAAAAUAAGUAUUUUUGUAUUUUAAGAUUUUUCAAUUAAAGUCAAUUGAAUGGUG